AUGCCAUUAGUAUUGAAUAAAUUGCAAUUUGCUGCAUCUCUUUUACGAAGUAAUUUAACUCCGAAAGUUAUACCCGUGAAAUUUAUACAUCCUACAUUUAUAAAAUAUGAUAACGAUAUUAAUGAUGAAUCAGUUCCUAUUUCAAAAGAUAGAACUAAAGUUAUUCCUGUAGAAAUUAGCAUGAAAUAUCUGAAAAGUAGUGCUUAUAAGAAAACCUACGGAGAGUAUCCUGUUUGGAAAUAUUAUAGAAGAAAUUUCAAAGCUCAAAUUCCUCCCCAAAAAACACGAAGGACUUGCAUUAGAGGUGGUGUAAUUUCUACUGGUAGCCCAUGUCCGAUAUGUAGGGAUGAAUAUCUAAUUCUUGAUUACCGCAAUAUUGAUUUGUUAAAACAAUUUAUUUCUGAACAUAGUGGAGAAAUUUUAAGUUACAAUUAUACUGGUAUAUGUCAAAAGGCUUAUAAAGAUCUAUGUGUAGCAAUAACGAAAGCGAAAGAAUAUGGUUUACUUUCAUAUGAUGUUCCCUUUAGAUAUUAUGAUUACUCAGAAUGGAAAAAUUAA